AUGGGAAAGAAGAGAAAGCUACCCAGGCUAAGUAACAGCUGCAGCGGCAGCAGCAGCAGCAACAGCAGCAGCAGCAUCAUCACCCCAACGAGCACUAGCAGCAGCAGCAAACGCAGCAGCAGCAGCAACAGCAGCAGCAGCACAGCAGCAGCAGCAGCAGCAGCAGCAGCAGCAGCAGCACAGCAGCAGCAGCAGCAGCAGCAGCAGCACAGCAGCAGCAGCAGCAGCAGCAGCAGCGGACUUUGA